AUGAAAUUAAUCAAUCUGCGUCGCUCGCAACAUCUUGGGCAACUCACACUAGGCCGUAAUUGCAUCACUGCGUACGCAGCUACUAUUCCUUCACUGAGCGAGAGCCAAUCGGCCAUCGGAAAUGACAUAUUGAUGCUAUCACAUCAGCUUGCAACCAUGGACGCCAGUCAAGGUCAAACGUGCGUUAUCGAACAGCAUGGAACGUACAGUCAACGAGUGCUGAUUUUAAAUGCUUCUCGACGAUUAUGGAACAAGCGCGCAAUCCACAAUGAGAUUGAACCGGGCUAUGAUUAUCACCGGAAACCACAUAUUCCCUACCUAAUUGGAAAGGUUGAACCAGCGAAGGCGACCAAAGUAUUACAUUUCAAAUUUAAAGGCUCCCAGCCGGAAGUAAAAGAAAAUUCUAAGGAUGUUAGUCAGCGCCAGCCCAGCAGCGGUGCACCGAGGACAUGCACACGCGCCUCCUUAUCUAUGAAACCAACUGGUUCUACAACAGGAGGCGCCCUCGUGUGGCUGGUACAGAGAACUCUCCCCCAAAGGAAGUCGUCGCAACCAAAUCCAACUACUGUCGUUGGCCGCGAGUCCAUCUGA